UCGGCGCCCACCUCACCCCACGCCACUACCUGCCCGCCUCCUCUCCUGCUCCUGCACCAGGACGUCACCACUCACCCCACUCGGCAGUCGGCACCUCGCUGCUCCUGGGAGGGAGGCCCCCGGCAAAGCGAGGGGAGCCGCGCGAGAGGCGCGUCGCGUGUUCCUUGCUUCGUCCUCACGUGCCGUGGCCCCUCCGCUUCCUCCUCCCCGUACCUGUUCCUAUUCCCACACCGAGCGAACCGGCGGCGGCGUGUCGAUCAGGGGGGGAGGAGCGGAGGGCAGACGCGAUGCAGCAGCACGAACCGUGGCGGUCUGGCGCUGAGCCCGCCGGGGCGGGGGCGGGCCCUGCGCCCACCACCGUCGACGAGGCGUCCAUGGAGCGCAGCAAGAGCUUCGUCAAGGCGCUCCAGGAGCUCAAGAACCUGCGGCCGCAGCUCUACUCGGCCUCGGAGUACUGCGAGAAGUCCUACCUCCACAGCGAGCAGAAGCAAAUGGUGCUGGACAACUUAAAAGAUUAUGCUGUCAGGGCCCUGGUCAAUGCUGUCGACCACCUUGGCACAGUUGCUUACAAAUUGACAGACCUGUACGAACAGCAGGCUUCAGAAAUCUCAACCCUCGAGUUGAAAGUAGCAUGCUUGAACCAGCAAGUCCUUACUUGCCAAACUUACACGGAUAAAGAAGGCCUUAGGCAACAGCAGAUGACGGGAGCUGCCAGCAGACUCCACAAACAUUACAUCAUACCAUAUGUGGGAAAUAAAAGAAUGCAAGCUUUUUCUGAGAUGCAAGGCAAUGCUGAUUUUGACACAACUCCAAGACCUUAUUCCUCAGCGAAGACCCUUCAGUGGCAUUUGGUUUCGGAGAAGAACUCCAAGACCAAUAGACCAGAUCAGUCUGAAUUCGUCCUCGGAGAAACAAAAACCACUAAGCCUUCAUCAAGUGGCCUUCGCCUGCUAGGCAAGGAACCAUCUGCAUCUCCCUUGUCCAAACAUGUGCAGUCCAACAUGACCAGUUUGGAUAUUGUUAGUGUCAGCGUGAAGGAUCAGCCCAAGACAAGGCAUUUAUCAUCAUUCAGCUCUUUUGACAACCCAAGGCAUUUGUCAUCUUUCAGUUCUUUUGACAACCCACGAGGGCGUCAAAUCCAGAAGGCUCCGCUUCGCACAAAAAGUAUGCUAGCUGCUUUCUUUGUUAAGCACAGAUCAGCAAAAAUGAAAAAUGUCUCUGUUCGUUGAUCAACGGCAAGCCUGCAAUUUGCUACAGCCAUACCAAUAUGGAAGUGUUAAGGGCAUGGAAGAAACUAUGUAUACAUGUUGUAGAUUGUAUUUGGAUCUUGUAUAUUAUGCUCAAGAGAUGAACCUUUUCUGAUACCUUAUCAGUCUGGCUUAAUGUCAUCUUGCUGAUGACCUAAAUGUAAUGAUUUAUAUGGAUAUACGAUAAUAGUUCUAUACCCUAGUGUCAUCUCACUGUCCAGAAAUUUACAGUGUAAUUGGAAUUUAUAAGGAGUUGAUGAUUA